CUCGGCAGCCUUGCUCUCUCAUCGGUCAGAGACAGCGCAGGGCCUUCGCAUCAGCAAGCAUGUCGGACAGCGACAACAAGGAUGGAGAUCAUACCUCUAUGCCAUACCAGGCGAUUAUCGUCCUUUGCCUGGUCGGCGCGGGAGCAUUGAUCCUUUGUAGCUGGGCACUUUUCCGCCAUUUCUACGAAGACGAACCAACGCCGGCGAGAGGAGACAAUGUUGGUGAGGAUGGCUAUACGCAAGCGCAAUACAUGCGAAUGGUCCGCCUAAGGAACCACGAGGAGCUGCAGCAGAAAUAUGGGCACAUCAAUAGUAAUCCGUAUCGCCAGAAGAUGGCGCAGUCAUCGGUGUUCUCAGUGUGAAAGGCUCUCGGCGCUGACCUUGACGCAUCGCGACGCUCAAUCACCACGAUUCGGAAUCUCCCAGCUUCUGCCGACAACCUCCAAAGCCUGUCGCAGCCGUACACGCAAUUGGCGUCGUUCGAAGCGCCUGCAGGUAGAUGGCACUCGCGCAAGUCUUUCGUGCAGUCAUAGCAAGGAGGCCGUGAGCCAUCGACUUGCGCCGAGGAGGGGGAUGCGCAGAUGCUGCGCCGAGGCGGGUCUGACGGAAGAGCAAGCAAUGAAGCAAACGUGAGAUACAGUAGCAGGUCGCAAGUGCGCCUGGAAGCACAGCUCUGUUGGCGUCUGAUGGUAUACGUCGCUGCACCUGCAGAAGUUCGACGGCCGAGCAGCAAGUGCGGGGACGCUCUCGCAAAAUGUGAUCAGGUCGCAAGUAGAAGAGGAUGAUGAGCAGAGACUUGGGUGCUUGGAGCGGAUUGUGGAGAGAGUGUAUCUCGACUCGUUUACUAUGUGCUCCGGGGAACUUGUCAGUCCGGUCCGCAGAGCCGCAUCCUCUCUCGGGCCACCAGCCAGGGGAAGAAUAGGGGUGUUUUGUAUAUAGAAUCGCCUGUUGCUUCCUAUUGAACUGCUGU